AACAGUUUUACACUUUUUCUAGCAACAUGUCGCAAAUCCGCUUUCAGGCACUUUUGUUCUUGGCUUUGCUGGCUUCAGCUUGUCUAAUCAAGGCGAAAAGUAUCAGCCGUUUGGAUGCAGAUUUGAUGCGCAACGACGAAGAGGGUGUAGACCAAAUUAUCGGUGGUACAGCAGUCCCCAAAUGGCAGCAUACUACAUGGCAUAUUUGAAGUCAUUCUAUCCCAGCAUUUCCAAUGGUUACCUGGCUUGCGGUGGCACGGUGAUUAGCAACCGAUACAUUCUAACGGCUGCUCACUGCUUGUACAACAAAGAAAAAACCCCAUACGAAAAAACUACCAGAGUGGAAGUUUAUUUGAAAGUCCACACCGUCAAACCGAUGGAAGAUAACCGACAACCAAUCGUCGUCACGGGAUCCAACAUCAAACCGCACCGGAAUUAUUUGAGCGGUGGUCUGCCGAAUUAUAGUUUUGACAUUGCCCUGCUCAAGCUCAGCCAGGAUCUCCCAUCAAACUAUGAAUGGAUUAAACUGUUUAAGCCGGUGUACCAGGGCGAUUUAACCGCCGUCGGCUGGGGACGUACCAGCAGCAGUGGAAGCACUUCGGCUACGAUGCAGCAAGUCGAUUUCCAAGUUGGAACCGAAGAAGAAUGUCAAAACAGUUGGGGUUAUCUCUAUAGCCACUCAUACCAGCUGUGCGGUGUCACUCCCAACCAAUCUACCUGUCAAGGAGACAGCGGUGGACCGGUUGUUCAUUAUAACAUCGACUAUCAAAUGUACAGCCAGGUUGGGAUCACCAGCUUCGGACAUGCCGACGCUAAUAACAACGCUCUGUGCGAAAUGGGUUUCGCCGUCUACACCCGAGUAUCCGCUCAUUAUCAGUGGAUUCACGAAAACAGUUGUUAUCAGGCCGAUGGAGGCCUUUGCCCUAAUUGGGCACAGGUUUAACCAAACCCUUCAUUCGGAUGAAGAUUUCAAAUUAAGAGGAUUAACUAAACCAUUUCUCAUUUUUAUUGUUGUGUAAUUUACCUGGCCACCAUCAAUAAAGACACAAAUAGAAAUGAAAUGUCACA